AUUACCUUUUAUACUCUAGCAAAGACGGAUUGUAAGUAAUCCAAAAUAAUGAAAGUGGUAUAGUAUAAAAAUAAAAACAAAAAAUAAAACAAAAUAUUGUGUGUGUGUGUAGGUAAGGGAGGUAAAAGUACUGUUAGAGCUGAUAUGGAAAUAAAAAAUCAUCGCGAUUUUUGAUAUCUAGCAAGUCAAAUAAAUCAAGAUAGAAAAAGCGGUUUGGCUCGUGAAGGUUGAAAGCGUUUGAGAUGUGGUGUUAUAGGGGGAUGCUGAAAAUUACGCGAAUGGAAAAUAUUAUAGAUGAGAAGGUAUUACAAAGAAUAGGAGAGGAGAGGAUGAUAUGGAAGCUAAAAGGAAUAGGCGAUAUAGGUUGGUAGGACUACGGUUAGUGACGUAUAGGAACCAGAAGGGGGGCAGAUGCACACUUAGAUUAGAUUAGUGUUCGUAAAUAGUUAUGUAUGCUGCUCUGAUUUUGGAAAAAUCCAACAGUUUAGUUCAUGAUAGGAAGAAGUGGAGGUGCACGUCCAAUCUGUCAUUGGGUCGAAGAUCUUAUAAUGAUCAUCUGAUUGUCAAUUACACAAAGCCAUAGACGGAAUUAUCAUCUCUGGAGAAAUGGCGUGGUACCUACUUAAGCUACCUAACUUAAAAUUUGAAACAUUAAACAAUGUUGAAUGACACCAAUUUACACACACAGGCAUACGUAUAAACUUCGAAAUUGAGUCAACUACGGUACUUUCUGAUUUUGUUAAAUAUGGUAGACUACAGCACAACCCCAUUCUACGAAGAUGAUCAUCACUACGAUCAUGACCAUGAUCAUGAUUCGAAUGGUGUCACAGUAGCGAAAAUUGUAACAAUGUGCGUUCUGUUCUUCACUUCAUUUAUUGUUGGAACGUCACCUUUAUACAUACCAAGUAUUUUUCACUGGAAACUAAAUAUACAGAACAGCAAACUUGUCACUAGACUGUUAUGCUUUGGCGGAGGCAUAUUAUUAUGCACUACAUUUCUCCAUCUUCUUCCAGAAGUUUCGGAGAAAAUAAAAGCACUUCAAUCCGAAUUGAUUUUUCUGACCUCAGAAAAUUAUGAAAUCCACUAUGCAGAAUUGCUUAUGUGUUGUGGAUUCUUUGUUCUGUACUUCGUGGAAGAAGCAAUUCACUGCUAUCUACAUUCCCGAGAGAAAGAUAAUUUAGUUAACAACCUCACAAGAAGUUUUUCUAUUCGCAGAGGAGAUGACAAAAUUCCGACAAAGUCCAUACCGUUAAGAGACGAUCUAGAACGUAAUGUUGAUGUUCAUACUCAUGUAGACCACAGUCAUAAUAAUUUUGAUAAUUCAUUUCUUAAAAGUUUUCGUGGUUUUUUAAUAGUUUUGGCUCUUUCGGUGCAUGAACUAUUUGAAGGCUUAGCGGUUGGUUUAGAGAGUUCAACUAACAGUGUAUGGUACAUGUUUGGAGCCGUUAGUGCUCAUAAAAUUGUAAUUGCCUUUUGUAUAGGCGUUGAACUGAUAGUCAGUGAUAUUAGUAAACUUUUGACUAUAUUUUAUGUGUUCACUUUCGCGAUUGUAAGUCCAUUGGGUAUAGGAAUAGGGAUUGCACUGAGCGAAGAUCAAAAAGAUUCUACGGAAGUAGUAUCAGUUGUGCUCCAAGGACUCGCUUCGGGAACUUUAUUGUAUAUUGUAUUUUUCGAAAUCCUCAGAACAGACAGGAGAGGUGGACUGAAGACGUUCUUUGCUGUUUUUCUGGGAUUUGGUCUCAUGCUUUGCACUACUGUUUUUAAAGUCGCAAUACAAGCUCACCGUCAUAUAGCUCUCCAUAAUGUUUGCUGGAAUCGUUUUUUCUAUAGAUGGUGAGGUAGGGAGCUGAGUUCGUUUCUUUUGAAAUACCCCCAGUGGCGUGUGAAAGGGGCGGUCGAAAUAAAGAAUAGUGAAAAUCACAGUAUUAUGUAUCAAUUUAUAAAUAAAAUUGAGAAGUCAGACUGUAAUACCAAAAUUACUUCUUUUUUUUAAGUUAAUAUAAUUGUUUGCUAUUGAGACACAAACGACCCUUAACAAAAAUGUGGUUGUCUGUCUGUUUGUGCGGGUCAAUCAUCCAAAUAGCCGAGCCGAUUUCGGUAGGACUCUAUAGGCAUGAAGAAAAGGCUGUUAAGAGUUAUCUAAGCUAUUUUAUAUUCUUUCUUCACGUCUGCAAUGUCACGCGGUAAAAGCUAGCAUAAAAUAAAAUAAUAAGUGCUGUAAUCUAAAAAACGCGUAUAGUUUAUUUUUAUUUGCUUCAAUUCAAAUUUAAUGAAUGUGACAGGAUUAUUGCCUUACCUGUCUGCCCGUAUUUACCUUCGAUUUACAAUUUAAUUUGUUAAUUAUAACAAAAAAUGAAAUUACCAUGGUGCAAUCAACAUUGUACCAUAUUGCUCGGUGUUUCUACUGCACUAUAUGUACUCGACAGCAAUUGUUUUUGGCGGUGCUCAGAUUGUAAUAUAAUUGAAAAGAAAAAGGUUCCUAGUAUAUGGAGGAGGGGGCGAAUUGAACCCCUUAAACCCCUGUAGCUGCAACAUUGAAUUCACUGCUUAUGUUUCCGGGAAAUAUUUCACAAAAUUAUUUUUGAAAUCCUUAUAAAUUAACUAAAUACCGUUCUCCCCUGGCUCCCCUGAUGUUCAAAUAAAUUAAAAUAAUUCAUAGUAGGGUUUUACAUUAUUGCAACUGAGGCUCGGCUUUCAAAAUACAUUGAGAGGAUAGAUAAAUCGUUGGACAUUAUUGACAUUUUAAUGAGAAUUACUUAUUUUCACGUCCCAACAACAUGUAAUAAAAUUCUCAAUCGCUAUGGGUUCAAUCUUUCACCUAUUACAAAUUGCUUUGAUUUUAAUUUACAAAUUUAUGUAUUGUAAUAUUUCCUCAAGUCCUUUAUUUUUACCAAAUAGUAAUUAAAAGGACCAGUAAUAAAAAGUGACUAACCCAUAAUUACAACAGGUAAUAGCUUUAUUUGCGAACAUAUUUUUUGCUCACUUUGGAAUUUUCAAUUACAAAAAUGUUCAUAAUAGAAAUGCCAAAAAUACGUUUUCGUAAAUAAGAUAGUCUGUUGCAGUAAUUAUGGGGAGUCAUUUUUUUUUACUAUUUUAUUAUUCUCUCCGAUUUUCUACUUUUGCUGCUUAUUCUGUUUACACCGAAUACGUAGUAAACAUUUUUGAUAAAAAAGAUUGUACAAUUACUACGUUAGCAAGUCUGUUGACUUUAUGUUAUUAUUACUGCAUGUUGAAAUUAUAUAUACACAUCGAUUUUUCCUUGAAACAUUCGUACCUAUGCUGUAAAUAUUCAGAAUAUUACGGGUGCCUAUGUCUAAGUUUUCUAUAAUCCGGUAAUGUUCUAUUUUUUAUACAUUCGCGAGUUUAACGUAUUUCUAGAAGCAUGAUUCAUAAGAAUAAAUUAAAUGCAAAUUUAAACGUACAGAAUUGUUUAUAUGCCACAUUAUAGCAGUGUGUGUACGUGCAAAUUUUACAUUCUAUUGAGUUGGUGGACUAAUUUUUGAUUAUUUUAUGUAAACAUUGCCAGAGUAAUGUCAAAACAAUUACGUAAAAAAAUGUUAGUGCUUCAAUAAAAUAUUCCACAAUGAACAAUUAAA